AUGGAAGCUACCCACACCUACAUUCCUGCCUGGAGUCUUCUCAUGCUGAAAAUACCCUUCAUCCGACUCAUUACACCACCCCAUGUGCACACACACAUCUACACCCUGGACCACAUCGACACCCUUAUCCACACCUACAUCCUGGACCACAUCUACACCCAAGUCAACAUCUACACCCCUGGUCCACAUCUACACCCUGGACUACAUCUACACCAGGUCCACAUCUACUCCCUUUUCCACAUCUACACCCUGGUCCACAUCUACACCCUAGACCACAUCUACUCCCUGGAUCACAUUUACACCCUGGACCACAUCUACACCCUGGACCACCUCUACACCCUGGAUUACAUCUACACCUUGAUUUAUAUCUAG